UCCUUUCGGGCUAAAGUUUGGGUAAGCCACGGGCUCCGUGCGUGCCUACGCCGGCCGCUGACUCCCUCUCCUCUAGCUAUCCGUCCCCGCCGCCGAUCUUCGCUCGUCCUCCGGCGACCUAUGUCUGCGGCUGUGAUGCAGGCCACAGCGCCCGUAGGGCGCAGCGGCGGAGCGGAGAUUGCGUACGUUAGCUACGGCGGUGAGCAGCACCUCUCACUGGUGAUGUCGCUGGUGGACGCGGAGCUCAGCGAACCCUACUCCAUCUUCACCUACCGCUACUUCGUCUACCUUUGGCCACAGCUCACCUUGCUCGCGUUUGAUGCCAAGGAUGGUAAGUGCGUGGGAACAGUGGUUUGCAAGAUGGGGGAGCACAGAGGCGCCUUCAGGGGGUACAUCGCCAUGCUCGUCGUCCUCAAGCCCUACCGAGGACGAGGAAUCGCAACUGAGCUGGUUACUAGAGCCAUUCGGGUAAUGAUGGAAUCUGGUUGUGAGGAGGUGACACUUGAAGCAGAGGUUACAAACAAGGGUGCCCUCGCUCUGUAUGGCCGCCUAGGUUUUAUCCGAGCAAAGAGGCUGUAUAGAUACUAUCUAAAUGGUGUGGAUGCUUUUCGCCUCAAAUUACUGUUUCCACGCCCCGAUCUUGGUCUAGAUCCAAUGAUGAUGCUUGGUGACGAGAGGGAUGGUCAACACAUGGAUUCCCCUUACUUGUGAUAAUAUCCUGAUCAAAAGCGGAAGAUGGAAGCCAAGCUGUUAUUUUUGUUGUGUUCUUUUUCCUGUUUGAUACUUUCAUGUCUACAUGACAUGUAGUAGCGAUUUUCUUUUUUGAGAAACAAGUGGUUUUCGGCACUAGUGCUCCUGGUAAUUUUGAAACCCUGAAAAGGGCAUUAGUAGAAGAUCCAAAAAUGUCGGAAUAUUUUUUCACGUGUAAACGUGAGAGUACCCUCUCGGCGACCAAUAUUGUCAUGGAUCUUUUUUUAACACAGUGCAAAUGUAAAUUGGGGGGCUUCCGAUAUCUCGAUGUCGUUUAUGACC